AUGAUUAUUCUUGAUGUGCCAACGAGGUGGAAUUCUACUUAUAUGAUGUUGGAAGUGGCCGAAAAAUUUAAAAAGGCAUUUGCUCGUCUUGCUAGGGAAGAUGCUCAUUUUGAAAGAUACCUUGAAGAUGAUGAGGGGGCUUCUAGUGAUGAAGAUUGGAGUAGAGUUUGUAUCUUUAUACAUUUUUUACAAAUUUUCUAUCAUGCAAUGAUUUCAUUCUCUAGUUCUUUGAAUGUCACUUCAAAUGAUUUUUUCCAUGUAUUGCGUAAGAUUUUAUGCACUUUGAAUAAAUGGAUUAUGAGUGAUGAUUUAGUGUUGAAUGGAAUGGCAUCAACGAUGAAGGCUAAAUUUGAUAAGUAUUGGGAUGAUUCUGAUCAUUCUUAUACUUCUACUCCUUUGACUUCAGUGAACAAGCUAUCUAUGAACUAUCUAUUACUUGUUGUUGUUUGUCUUGAUCUACGGUAUAAAUUGGAAUAUAUUCAGUUUACUUUGUCUGAGAUGUAUGGUCAAGGUGAGAAAUCUUCAAGGAUCUUUAGAAAAUUAAAGGAUAUCAUUGCUGAAUUGUUUGAGCAAUAUAGCAUAUGGAAUCUGCGACCCCUUGAAGACAAUCAAGAUGCUAGUAUUUCUUCGGAUACUACACCAAAUCCUAGUGUAGAGAUGAGUGAGAAUGAUAGUAUUACGGUUGAAGAUCCUAUGAGCAAGUGGAAGCAAACUCAAAGGAUAAAACUAAGUGAAUUAAAGAAAAAUGAAAUGGAUAGGUAUUUAGAAGAUGAAGUGGCGGAAGAUUUUAGUGGAUUUGAUAUAUUGAGAUGGUAA